AUGUAUAUUGUCGAAUCUUCUCCUCUUCUCAUACCUGCAUCGCCGAAGCCAACAUUGUCUGUUUUGAAUUUCCCUCCAUCUACGAUAUCUCCGCCACAGCAAGAUGUUUCAGACUCACACCUUCUGCAUGUCGCUUUUGAGGGCUGGGCCCGGAGGAAGCCACAUGCUAUCGCAUUAGACUUUGUUCAUUCUUUGCAAUCCGACACAUCGCCGGCCGACCACAGCAUCCUUACCUAUGCCGCUCUCGACACCGCUGCUUCAAAUAUAGCCGUCCAUAUCAGGACCCUACUGUCUGCCCACCCACAGCCUUUCGAGUACGGACGUAUUAUACCGGUCCACAUGUCGACCUCAGUUGAGCUCUACAUUUCUUAUCUCGGCGUCCUGAAGGCGGGCUGUGCAUUUUGUCCAAUACCUCAGGACGCCCCUGCUCAACGUAUCCAGGAAAUCCUCCACGACAUUUCUUCCCCUAUUGUUCUAGGAAACUCACCAAGCCCAUCCCCUGAGCUGAUGAACACAGGUAGCACCUCAGAUUAUUUAACUUCUGUUUGGGUUAAUGUGACUGAAGUUUCGAAGUGGAAAGAACUUCAAGGUGAACGCUCUGCCUUAGAGAUACCCUCCCAGACGCCCCUAGAGCAGGGAUCAAUUAGCCCAGAACAGACUGCCUAUCUAUUAUUCACUAGCGGGACCACUGGUAAACCUAAGGGUGUUCAAGUCAGCCAUCUGGCAGGUGCUUGUUCUAUCGCGUCGCAUGCGACAGCCAUUCCCCUUCCAGGAAAACCAGCUGGAAACUUUCGCUGGUUCCAGUUCGCUUCCCCUUCUUUUGACCCAUCCUUGAUGGAGAUUUUUGUCACUCUCAGUAGCGGUGCCACUCUCUGCUCUGCCGACAGAACCCUGAUGCUGGCUAGUUUGGAGGAGACAAUAAACGAGACAAGAGCGACUAUAAUGAUGGCAACACCCAGUUUAGCCUCAAUCCUCCGACCCGACCGUCUGGAAAGUCUCGAAGCUUUGUGGUCCAUGGGGGAAAAGCUUAAUAGAACGGUGAUUGACAAUUUUGCCCGAAACUCUAAACCUGGCGACGUUUCUGUGCCACGGACGCUGGUCAAUGCGUAUGGUCCCACGGAAGGAGCGAUCAACUGCACCUUCGUUGCCCCUUUCAAACACCACAUGCGUGGCUCGAUCAUCGGAAAACCGCUACCCACGUGUUCAAUGUUCGUUCUGUGUCCACACAGCCGCAUCCCAAAGCUUGUUCCCAUGGGCACCGUUGGCGAGCUCGCAAUAGGCGGACCGCAAGUGAGCAAAGGCUAUCUCAAUCAACCAGAGGAGACCGCAAAAUCUUUUGUUCAGAGCAGUGACUUUGGAUAUCUUUACCGCACUGGGGAUAAAGCACGCAUUGUCUGGGAUGAGAACGGGGAUCAGGUGAUCGAAUAUCUGGGCCGUAUCUGUAUGGGUCAGGUCAAAGUUAACGGGCGUCGCGUGGAGCUUGGAGAGAUCGAAUCGGCAAUUGCCACAGUACCGGGUGUUGCCGAAGUCGUCGCCGUCGUGUCACGACGAGAUGACAAAUUAGAGGGAAGCGAGCAAGUCAUCGUUUGCUUGGUGGCCAAUGAUAAAGGUGAUGGCGCUAAGCAAACGAUUGUGGACCACGCCCGGAAAACCGCCGCGCAGUACCUCACGCCAUCUACGUGCCCAUCCACUUACAAAUUUCUGGAUGCGCUUCCAAGAUCAAGCUCUGGAAAGGUUGACCGAAAAGCCAUGUCUGCCUUGCUGGAGCGAAAAGGGGAUGACGUGAUUACAACAAACGGCUCCCCCAACGACGCGAACGAGAAAUGGGGGAACGAGCGGGAGAACGAGCGGGAGAACGAUACCUCAAUACAGCAGCUUGUUGUCCGACUCAUAUCGGAGGCGACCGAGGAGGAUGUCUCCAACAUCAUGCCCUCCAGCGAUCUCUACUCCCUGGGAAUGGACAGCCUCGGAGCAAUGCGAUUCUUGCAGAAACUGAGAGACAACGGGAUCAAAGGUCUAUCUACGAGUGAUGUGUUACAGUCCCAGACUUCCCAGGCUUUGGUAUCACUUAUCCAACGCCGUUUAAUGAGCUCUGGCAACACGCCCGUUGACGAUCAAGACGGGAUACACUCUUCUGUCAACAUUCGUUCUCGCCUUGCAGCGUUCAAAGACAAGAAUCAGGCGCUUUGCGCAGAAAAGCUCGGAGUAUCGGCAGACUCAAUAGCACAAGUGCUGCCCACUACUGCAACCCAAUCCGGGAUGUUGACCAGUUUCCUGCGUAGUUUGACCGACGAGUCCUACACGAAACGGACAUACAUUUACCACUCCGUGCUCACUUUAGAGGCGCACGUCAACCUGAGCAACCUGAAACAGGCUUGGAGCAGUGUUCUUGCUAAUUACGAUUGUUUUCGGACUGUUUUCUGUAUGGUUGAUGAUGAGAUGGCGCCUUUUGCCCAAUGCAUCUUGAGACCAGACAGUCUUUCUGGGACCGUCUGGGACACAUAUACUAAUACAGACAUUGCGGAAGAAGACUUUCUAGAUCAAGCUCUUCGAGAAGCAGAGGCAUCCAUCAACUUGAGCCGUCCUUGUUACAAGCUGUUUUUAGUUGAAUCUUCGAGCCGUUCUCUUCUUGUCCUUAGCAUGUUUCAUGGGAUCUUUGAUGGAGCAUCUCUGCAGCUGCUACUAGAGGAUGUCACAUCAGCAUACUAUGGGAAACCGCCUGUGCGGCGAACAUCAAUUGAACACAUCGUCCGACACCACUUUCAGACAAAUCGCGACUCGACAUCUCAAUUCUGGCAAGAACAACUACGGGAUUAUUCUCCCGUCGUAUUCCCUUCUAUCACACCAUACCGGGCCCCAAGUACGAGAUUCACCGGGAGUGUGGAAGUUUCUUCUGCUCGUACGCACGACCUUCUGAAGAAACAGUCUAGAUAUCUGGGGUCAACACCGCUCUCUGUGCUGCAGGCGGCAUGGGGUGCUGUGUUGCUGAACUAUACGGGCACUCCGGACCAAGAUGUCGUCUUGGGAAGUGUUGUAUCCGGACGACUUGAUGAAGAUUCGCAAAGGUGUAUAGGCCCGACUUUUACAAUAACGCCUCUAAGAAUAUCCGUCCAGCGAAUCAAGAACGGAGCCGCUGCGUUCUUGUCAAAUAGUACAGUCAUCCGAGAUAUAACUUCCAUCAAUGCACAAGCCUUAUCGCACCUACAGCUCCAACUUGGGACGAUAACAACGACUGAUGGCCAGCUUCCCUACGAUACCGUCCUAGCUUACCAAGACUUUGGCUUUGGCUCUGUGGCUAGUCAACCUUGGAGCUCAAUCUAUCAUCCACCCAUGGCAAACGACUUCUCAGUAAUGGUUGAGGUUGUUCCCGGGCCGGAUUCGGCCUUGAUUCUGCGCGCCAGUUUUGAUACCAAACUAGAUUCGAUGGCGGCUAAGAUCAUGCUGAGGCAGUUUGAUGAUAUUAUCUGCUACAUUCUUGACCAUCCUGAAGGAAACUUCGAGGAGUCAUCUUUGUACACCGGGUUCGACCUCAAAUCAAUGUCGAACCCUAACCCGCUUGUUGCUCCAGAAGUUGAAAACGGGGAACUGCUACAAUCGCAAUUUGAGGACCAUGCACGAUUGCAUCCGAGCGACCCAGCCCUGAUAUUCAAGCAAGACCUAGAUGACAAUCAGAGCCCUGGAAACGUAACCUGGACUUACGCGGAGCUUAAUGCCAUGGCUGACGACCUUGCUGAGCACUUGAUGCAGGCUUGUGGGCAGUUGACAGAUGCUUCGGUCCCAAUCUGCAUUGAGAAGAGCCCCCCGUUGUAUGUGGCCAUUCUUGGAAUUCUGAAGGCUGGGGCAGCCUGGUGCCCAAUUGACACGCUAUCACCCAUGCAACGUCGCCAUGACCUUAUCGCCCGAACUAGCGCUGGAGUUCUUCUAGUGUCAGGCAGAGAUGAGCCACAGCCAGAGGGCGCGGUUCCUGCUGGAGUCAAAGUCUUAGAUGUCUGCCAGUUUAUCCAGGGUGUAUCUUUUGACAGAAAGCGGCAAUCGACCAAGCACAGAGCUGCGCCAUCAAAUGUCGCCUAUCUCAUCUGGACCAGUGGUACAACCGGCGCUCCAAAAGGCGUACCGAUCACUCAUUCUGCUGCGGUUUCCAGUAUGCGAUCACUGCAAAAUGAUAUCCCUGGUAAUACAGAUGGUAGCCCUGUCCGGUGCCUCCAGUUUUCACAGUGCACUUUCGACGUUUCAAUACAAGAUUUCUUCUAUACCUGGGGCAUGGGAGGUGUUUUGAUUUCGGCAACGCGAGAAAUCAUGCUCGAUUCUUUCUCUAGACUCGCCAACAUUACGAAUGCCACUCAUGCGCAUCUAACCCCGGCUUUCGCCGCGGGUGUCCCAAGGGAGCACUGCAAAACGCUCAGGGUCGUGACUAUGAUUGGCGAGAAGCUGACACAGCCCGUGGCAGAUGACUGGGGUACGGACAUGAGAGCCUUCAACACCUACGGCCCGGCUGAGGUCACAGUUGUCUCGACAAUACGAGAGUUUGGAAACGAGCACAAAUCGAUCAAGAGCGCGAACAUUGGCUGGCCCAUGAAGUCCGUCUCGGUGUUCGUGAUGAAGAAUCACCGCAUCAUGAUGAAGAAUGCCAUCGGCGAGCUGGCACUGGGAGGUCCACAACUUUCUCCAGGGUACCUGGACCAACGAGAUGUAACUGAGGCGAAGUACGUUUGGAACGAGGAAGCCGGGCAAAAACUAUACUACACUGGAGAUCUCGUCAGGAUGCUUUCUGAUGGCUCUCUCGAGUACAUUACCCGCGUCGAUGACCUGGUCAAGCUUGGUGGAAUCAGGAUAGAGCUAAGUGAGAUCAGCUUUGCUCUUCGUGGCUGUCAUCCACUCAUUGACACCAUUGAAACUCUUAUGUUGAGUCGCCCUGAUCGGCCAACGGACGUGGUUGUCGCUUUUCUCUGCGCCCCCAGGGUAGCCAGCACUGCUCCCAAAGGACAAUUGUUGUUGCUGGACGACACCGCAGUCGAUGUAGCGCAAGCUGCCAGCCAGCACGCGCGAAAAUCACUGCCUGAGUACAUGGUUCCAACUGUGUAUCUCGUGGUCAGAGCCAUACCAAAGACUCCUUCCGCCAAAGUCGAUCGUCGAGCACUCAAGGCCGCAUACGCUUCCGUCGAUCUUGAUGACUGGGAGCACAAAGUAAAUCCACAAGAUCCCGCCACAGAUCCCGAAGACGAGGUUGAUGCGGCUACGUCUGCUCAGGUUGUGGAAAUUGUUGCCGCUCUCGUCGAAAUUGAGAUUUCGGCUGUCACGAAAUCCAACCGCCUCCGAAGUUUGGGUGUCGACUCUCUUCGUGCAACACGCCUGACGUACAGAUUGAGAGAAGCCGGCUACAACCUCUCCGUUAUGGGUGUUUUGAACUGUAUCACCGUUCAUGACCUUGUUAGACUGGCCACAUCAUUAGACGGAUCCGGCGCGUCAACUCCACGAAGGUUCGAUGUAGACGCCUUCGAUGUUGCAUGGCACGCAGCGGUAGCAGCGAAGAUCACCGAAGAGUUCAAAACUGUACGCGCCACUGCAGUUCAGGAGAGCUUACUUACGGAGACACUGGGUACUUACAACAUGUACUGGAGUAACCAUUUCUUCAAGCUCGAUCGAUCCGUGGACAUUCCUCGACUAAGGCAAGCUUGGUUCGCUGUAUGCCAGAAGACAGAAGCGUUGAGAACUGGAUUCAUUCCGGUGGCGGAAACUCGAAACCAACAGCCCAGUGAGACUUCGAGCUUCUCUAUUCUUCAGUUAAUUUACAAGCUCCCCUCACUGGAUUGGAGUUACCACAAGUGUGCCGAAAAGGAAUGGACUGAAGUGUGCAAUGACCGAAUCAAAGACAUCAUGACGAGGCACCAGAAGAACUAUUUCAGACACCCACCAUGGGCCGUCACGAUCUUCGAUAAGGGCAUUGAGCGACUCAUGGUCUUUACCGUUCAUCAUUCAGUGCACGAUGAGCCCUCUCUCCGGUUUAUUUCGGAUGAUGUACGAGCGGCCUAUACGUACAAACCUCCAUUGAGGAGCCAACUCAGCGAUGCCCUCUCUAUCGUGUUGGCCAAUGAAAGCAAGUAUACGGAAGCUGUUGACUUCUGGAAAUCAGAGUUGCAGCAGUUUGGAGAGCUUGAUGUACCGGUGUGGCCCGAUCUUACGGGGAGAAGGCUACCUCCAGGUGUCAAAGCAGAAUACCAGCUGAUAUCAGAGGAGUGCCCCAUGACUGAGUCUGCCACGAGACUUCAAUCCGUUGCAGCAAACAUGGGACUUCGAUCCAUUGCCGGCGUUAUUCGAACUGCUUGGGCCUAUGUAUCGCUCUCAUAUCUAGGCCUGCCAGCCACUGUGUUUGCAGAAACAAUGUCUGACCGAAUCUUCGACCCCUCAAUGGAGAGCAUUGUCGGGCCCUUUAUCUCCGUUGUUCCUGUUCCAUUCAACCCCAAAGGGACCGCCCGUGAAGUUCUAGUCGAGCAGCAUCGGCUGGCUACUCAAUCCUGGAAGCAUCGCCAUAUUCAUGCUCGUGAUAUCCGGAAGGCACUAAACCGACCGAGGGGGGAGCCUCUGUAUCCUGCUGUUUUCAACUUCCAUGCUCCUGACCAAUCGUCAGACAAUCGGGCUCUGUCUAACCUUUGGCUUGAGAUGGAAGAUCAGAUUGGGUUGCAUGUCGAGCACCCAAUGGCAAUGAAUGUCUUCCAGAAGCCAGACAACACCAUUGCGCUGGAAGCUUCCUCGGAUAGCCGUAUAUUCAGCCGAGAGCAACUACGCUUAUUCGUCCACCAAGUUGACAGUCUCAUCACCUCGAUGGUUGCGUUUCCAGAUGACCCGCUGCCUACCUUGGUCAAUCGGAUGCCGUCAGACCUGCGAUCCUUAUCCAAUCGGCCAGUUAGUCAUGGAGUUGCGAACUCAGUCAACCAGGCUCCCACAUAUUGGCUGGAGAAGAAUGCUGGCAUCCACCCCGAAUGGACAGCGGUCGAAGUCGCAAGCAGUAUCUCUGCAGACGGCAUAGAGAAGGAGACACUGACUUACGCAACAUUGAACGCCGAAGCCAACCGUGUUGCGGCGUACUUGGCGUCUUUCAAUUACAAGAACCGCAUUAUUGGUGUCUCCUGUGGACGGACCCUGGCGUCAUAUCCGAUCAUCAUUGGUAUUUUCAAGUCGGGAAAUACCUACCUCCCGAUUGAUGAAAGCCUUCCAGCUGAACGGAAGGCUUUUCUUCUCGAGGAUGGUGACAGUCCGCUCGUAUUUACGGAGAUUUCCUUCUCGCAAUCGUUUUCUGGGGUGCCCGACAGCUGUCGUGUGGAAUGCAUUGAUAGCCCUGAGCUCCAGCGCAGGUUUGCCGAAAUGCCGGCAGAGAACAGAGAUUACAAGUCACAUCCAGACGAUAACUCGUACCUGCUCUUUACGUCAGGAUCUACUGGGAAGCCCAAGGGUGUCAUGAUCACCCGAGGUAACCUCUCUUCUUUCAUCGAGUCGAUCUCGGUGUUUGCAUGUCAAGUCGCUCCCGACACCUUGAACCUAGGUGGUAUAGGAAAAUAUCUCGCCCAAGCCAACAGGGCUUUUGAUCCGCAUCUCCUUGAGAUGUUCUUCCCCUGGCGUCAUGGGAUGGCCACGGUGACUGCCCCCAGACCAAUGAUUCUGGAUGAUAUUGGCAUCACCCUCUCAAAGUGGGAUAUUACACACGCAAGCUUUGUUCCCUCACUCGUCGAUCAGUCGAAUAUCACCCCAGAGCAAUGCCCAAAGCUGAGGUUCAUGACAGUAGGUGGAGAGAAGAUCACCCAAAAGGUUCUCGACACCUGGGCUUCAGCGCCUAAUGUUGCGAUUGUCAACGCAUAUGGACCCACAGAGGUGACCAUAGGCUGUACGUUUGCCCACAUCAAUAAGUUUACCAAUCUGCGCAACAUCGGGCCGCCUUUGACUGCUUGCGUUGGCCAUGUUCUUAUUCCGGGAACCAUGAAUUACGCACUGCGGGGCCAGACGGGCGAGUUAUGUUUCAGUGGUGACUUAGUUGGGAAAGGAUACCUCAAUCGACCUGAUGCAGUCGGCUUCCUCACAUUGCCCGACGGAACGAAGAUGUACCGCACUGGUGACAUGGGGCGCUUGAUGGCCGAUGACUCGGUGGAAUACCUUGGGCGUGGCGACGACCAGACCAAGAUUCGUGGCCAGAGACUGGAACUAGGAGAGGUUUCAGAAGUUCUGCGUGCCUCUUCCCCAGUAUCUAUCGAUGUCGUCACAACUGUUGCAAAGCAUCCCGGUCUCGCGAAGGUGCAGCUUCUCUCUUUUGUUUCACGAUCCCAACGUGGCAAGGUCAAGGAUGACAACAUCAGUUUCCUCUUCUCCGACUUUGCUACUCUCGGUCGUGAGCUGCAAGAGAUAUGUCGGAGCAAGCUCCCCGCCUACAUGGUUCCUGAACUGAUUCUUCCGAUCACAACAAUUCCUGUGGCACCAAUGUCUGGAAAGGCCAACAUGAAGGAGUUGCACAGGCUCUUCUCCGAACUUCCGCUUCAGACUGUUCUACAGGGCAACAACCAGCACAGUCAAGACGUCGCCUCGCAAAGGCAACUGAGUGUGGAUGAGGAGUCCGUGGUCAAUGAGAUCUGCCAUGUAGUGUCUGCUGACCAGAAGACUUUUGGGCCAUUGACCAAUAUUUUUGAGAUCGGUCUAGACAGUUUGAGCGCAAUAGGUCUGUCUAUCAGGCUUCGCAAUAUUGGAUAUGCGGCAACCGUUGCGCUUGUAAUGAGCAACCCGGUCAUUGAACAACUUGCACGCCUCCCAAAGAACUCCUCCCAAGCUACGAACGUCGGUAUCUCCAAAGCGCAGGACAGAUUCAAAGAGCUUGAAGCCCUGUACCACAACUCUCCGAGUCCGGGAAUCGACCCUUCCGAGGUGGCAGCAGUUCGACCUUGCCUUCCGCUACAGGAAGGCCUUGUUGCUCGAUCUCUUAAUAGUGACGAGGAUCAGCUCUAUGUCAACCAUGUCACUCUACAGCUUGACAGCGCUGUCGAUUGUGAUAAGCUGAAGUCUGCAUGGCAGCAAGUCACUAACGCCAAUGACAUUCUGAGGACUGCCUUCGCCUUACUUGACAAAGAGAUUGCGCAGGUAAUACUUUCGGGGACAUCUUAUGAGCUUCAAUGGACCGAGAAAGAGUAUGCCAACUUGGAAGAGGCGAUCACACAGCAAAGGUCACAGCAGAUCGAAAUCGCCAAGGCAAUAAUUGCCCGUAUCUCGAGACUGCCUCCGAUUAGGUUCCAUCUCGCGAUAUCUGCAAAGGAAAAGCAGCCGCUUGGUCUUUUUAUUGCCAUUCACCAUUCUUUGUACGACGGUGAAUCUUUCUCCAUGAUGUUGGAAGAUGUUGCUGCGUACUAUGAGGGCAGCCAAGUCAGAGGGCGAGGAUCGCCGUCUGCUUUCCUAGAGCAUGUUUACCUCCAGGAUGCGGACAGGUCAAAGGAGCACUGGGUUCGAACCAUGUCCGGAUGUCGCCCUACUAUGAUCCGCUCACCUGGGGGAGUUGUCAAGAGUACUAGCUCCGUUCGUCGAAGUCUCAGGAUCAACAUUUCCGAUCUAGAAAGCCGAUCAUCCAGUCUUCAAACCACUGUGCCAAACUUGAUGCAAGCCAUGUUUGCUCUCUUGCUGGCAGAUUACAUGGGCUCUUCCGAUGUCACAUACGGUUUGGUACUAUCAGGACGAACUGUAUCUGCCCAUGGAGCAGAAUCAGUACUCUUGCCUUGUAUCACAACUAUACCGGGGCGACUCAAUACUAAGGACUCGAGCACUGUCACAAACGUCAUCGAAGCUGUUCAACGUGCAACCGUAAGGUCCCUGGACUUUCAACAUACGCCCCUGAGGAGAAUGCAGCAAUGGUUGAAGUCUGAAAAGCCUCUCUUCGACUGUCUGUUCUCCUACAUUCGAUCCGGAACUUCUCCGAAGCACAACUUGUGGAAAGAGCAUGACAGCACCAUGCCGUCCGAGUAUCCUCUGGCCCUCGAAGUCCGCGCAGAUUCCGAGGCAAAUAGCCUCGAACUCGACUGUAUUUUCUCUUCCCACUUUGGCUCCCAGCGUGACGCAGGGGAGUUUCUCGAAAAGCUCGAAGCAGUCCUCUCCGAUGUUGUAUCCGGCGAUACCGUGUCCUUGGACAACUUCAAUCUCCCUCAAACGCGGGUCCCGGAUUCGCAUCUUCCUUCAACACAAUGGGAUAAUUCCUCGUGGUCUUUCACUGAGACAAAGGUGCAGAGACUCACUUCGUCUUUUUGUGGACUGGAUUCAACCGCCAUCUCCAAGGGAGCCUCUUUCCUAAGCCUGGGUAUCGACUCGGUCUCCGCCAUUCAGUUUGCGCGCAAACUCCGCGACGACGGGCUCAAGGUUUCGUCCUCUGAUAUCUUGCGCUUUUCGUGCGUGGGUGCGUUGGCAAAGCACAUCGAUGAAGCAUCCACCAAACCACAGACCAACGGCGUCAAACAGCCGAAGGAAGGAGUUAUCUCCCUCAGCAAGUACAGAGAAAUUAUUCCGCUCCUCAGCGAGGCUGACUCCAUAUCAUCGAUGUUCGAGUGCACACCCUUGCAGUCUGGUAUGAUUACGCAAACAAUCAGUUCGGGUGGAAAACUCUACGUUAACCCUCACCCGAUCCGCCUGAAUGACUCCGUGGAUAUCGACCAGCUCAAGACCGCGUUGCAGCAAGUGAUCCAACGAAAUGGCAUUCUGCGGACCUCAUUCCAUUUAAUGGAAGAUAUUGGAGAGAGCUGGGUCGGUGCUGUCCACUCAGCCAUUUUGCUUGACUGGACCGAGAUAAACUUGCCUUCUGAUGCGAACGUCAUCUCAAAGGUCAUGUCACUCUUCUCAUUCAAUGAGGGUGUUUCCUUUGAAGUCCCACCUGUCCGUGCUGUCUUGGUCAACCAGCCAGAAAGCAAGAUCCUCGUUAUCAUUAUGCACCAUGCCCUCUAUGAUGGUGCAUCGCUUCCAUUUUUCUUUGAGGACUUGGCAACAAUUUACACUAGUCAAUCCCCGGCAGAGCGACCACAGUUCCCGGAUAUGAUUCCAUACAUUCUUGAAGGGCAAGGGGAAUCGUGCGAUUAUUGGACAACUAAACUCCAUGGAUAUGAAGCCGCUGAGAUACCACCUCUUGAGUCUGCUUCAACGGGCAUGCUAGCCACGCAGCAUCGUAUCGACUUCGAUCUGGCCAUAAUCACCGGGUCCUGCAAAGAUAUGGAGGUCACGAUUCAGAGUGUGUCACUUCUAUCGUAUGCAAAGGUAUAUGCACGUCUUCUGGGGCGGCGUGAUAUCGUCUUUGGGCAAGUCCUUGCAGGACGGGCGUUAGCCCACCCGGAGGCUGACCGCACCCUUGGCCCUCUAUUCAACACGGUAGCUCAGCGAGUCACAUUCGAGCCCAAGUUCUUGAGUAACAGAGUACUUGCGCAAAGGAUUCAACGGCAGACGACUGAUGCGCAGAUUCACCAACAUGCGCCACUGCGUGUAAUUCAGAACAAGCUAAGACAAGCCGGUCAACUUCAAUCCACACAGCUAUUUGACUCUCUCUUCGUGUUCCAGAAGAGCGCGGCUCUAUCUGGAUCUGUACUCGAUAGUCAAGAUAUCUGGACGCCGUACAAUGCGGAAAACUAUGUUGUUGACUCAGAGUACAAACUCAAUGUUGAGGUUGACCAUACCGCCGACGGCCUUGUGGUGACAGCUACAUGCAACUCUCAGUAUAUCAGUCGGGAUAUUCUCGAGAAGUUCACUAGUGAUUUCGAAAUUGUUUUCCGUGAUAUCAUUGAGCAUCCCACACGGUGCUCUACUACGCUACCGGAGGGACUAGGGGAGCUACCACUACAGCAGCUCUCGGCCAAACCACAAAAGGCCAUCUCUGAUGAUUCCGAGGUCCCUGCUUACGAAGCUCCCAUCCGUUCAGUUCUUUCGGAGGUUACUGGCAUCCCACUGGAGGAUAUUAAACCUGACACGAGUAUCUUUAACCUCGGUCUAGACUCGCUAUCUGCGAUCAGAAUUGCUUCAUUGUGCCGAGGAAAGGGGGUGAAGAUAGGUGUGGGCGAUAUCCUUCAGGGCAACACGGUCCGUGGUAUCAGUCAACGUGUUCGACCUCCCACAACUCCAGAUUCUCCUACUCAAGGCGCCCUGGUUGAUGACCGUGUCGAAGCUCAGGUCCUAGAGAAGCUUCAGCUGAAAAAGGAGGAAAUCGAGACAAUUCUGCCUACCCUUCCUGGACAAUUCUACCAUCUCGCCAGCUGGCUCAAGUCUGAACGCAAACUCCUAGAACCAGCUUGGGCCUUUUUCAGUCGAGAGCACAUCGAUGGUCCCAAGCUGGCAGAUGCAUGGUUGCAACUUCGCCAGCGGCACCCUGUGUUGCGUACGCUCUUUGCAGCUGUUUCUCCAUCAGAAGUUGUUCAGGUUGUCUUGAAGAAAGCAGACGCCGGGAGCACAUUCACAACUGUUCAAUCCUCAGACAGUCUGAUCCAACUCGCCAAGGCACAGACGCACCAAGAAGCAAUACACCCAUCUUCUCUAUUCUCACCUCCCGUUCGACUUCGGCUCCUCAAGGCCGCUGAUAGCGAUGGCAUCUUGAUCAUCAUCAAUCAUGCCCUCUACGACGCGUGGACUAUGCCGAUAUUUGUCUCUGAGCUCGGUAGACUCUACGAUGGGCAACCGCUAGAUACAAAUCCCGACUUCCCCGCCUUUGUCAACUCUUCUGUCCGAUCUCUCAGGGAGGUGAAUCAAAAGGAGUACUGGACGUCUGCACUCAAGGCUGGUGAACCAACCUUUAUCAAGGGUACCAAGGCAGUAAACGCAAGGAACACGCAAGUUUUCUUCGGAGCAUGGGAGAAGAUCAAGAAUCUUUCGCACCUGGAGACGACGUGUCGUUCGGUGGGAUUGAGUCUUCAAACUAUUGUCCUUCUGGCGGUUUCUCGCCGCGUCGCCAGUAUUACCGGUGUUGCCAGCCCCACAGUAGGACUAUACCAAACUGGACGAUCUGCAUCUUUCGAGAACAUCGAGACGCUGUCAGGACCGUGCCUGAACGUGAACCCAUUCGUGGUUCCCAAUGCCUUGUCUGGCACCGAGGAAGAGAACAGCAUCCUCCAACAAGCCCGAACUAUCCAAACCUCCCUCGCUGACCGUGCAUCCUACGAACAAAGCUCCCUUCGUGAUGUCCUUCAGUGGACAAAUCUCGAACAACCCGGUGCCCCAACAUUCAACACCUGGAUCAACCUCCUCUGGAUGCAGAAUGCCAUUCCCUCAAGCGCCGAUCAAGAAUUCGAAUCAACACACACGAACUCAGACCUCGUUGGCGAGCUAUUCCACCCCCUCCGCAUCGGUGUCCCCACAGACUUCAUCCCAACCGAACCACUCCCCGCCUCACCGACACCAAUAGACGGUCUCGACACGUCAUUCCUACCACACGAAAACAUCUUCAUUGAUAUCGGACCAGAUCCGAAGACAAAUACUAUCGGGUUAGGAGUUCGUGUCGAGGGCGGCGUUCUCGAUGAAGGGGAGGUCAAUGAGCUUGUUGAUGGCAUCGCGGGCGAAAUUGAAUAUAUUGUUUCUUUGCUUUGGUGA